AUGGCGCCAAAUCUUACGCCUUCAGAUCCUAGAAACGUCGUGUGGAUUACUCUUUGUGACAAGCAGAUGGCUGAGUUGGAAGAGUUUCAGAAAGGAGUUGAAGUUGCGAAAGCUGAGUUCUUCAAGAACAUCGAGAAGAAACGAGAAGAUCUCACUACUACGCAUCAACGUGAGAAGAACGCCUUUUUGAACAAGGAGCAGGCAAACGGCACGGGAACUGCGCUGCCAAAAAAGAGUGGUGAUAGACCUAGGCAAACACCAGCGUCCACGUUCAGGGCCUCAUUAUACAGAAGCACGCCGCAGGCAUGCCCAGUUAAGCAGACUACUUCUGAUGUCAUCAAUCUUUGCUCUGAUGAAGAUGAGCCGGUCUUUCUAGAACAGAGGAACGUAUCGACAUCUUCAUCAUCUGCCCCAGCAUCCGGUCCGGCACUGUCUAGAGACAACUCUAAGCCAUCUAAGGUACGUAGAUGA